AUGUCCGACGUGAUGGUCGUCAUACUUGUCAGCGGCCUUCUGGGCCAGCAGAUAAUGUUCUUGGCACACCGAUGUACUAUGCUGGAUAUGAUGAAAGGACAACGGCCGCCUAUCUACGCCAACACGAGGUACGAGGGGUUAAUGAAGGCGAUGCAGAACAUCAAAGAGGUCAUGGGUCCGCCAG